AUGAAAUCUGCAUUUGAUUUAAUCCAGUUUUUUAGCGUGGCUCGAAACGACACCGUCAUGUUCCUCUGCCUCUUCUUGACGGUCGUCUUCCUACGUGGCACUAUCGGAGCCAGUAAAUUCGGAACCCCAGAGCAAGACUUCAACGAGCUCCGCGACCACCUCUACUCUCAUGGGCGAUGCGUGGAGCCCCACCACGUCCUCGAAGAAGCCCAACCCGAAACCAAAUCCUCGUCGACAAUGAACCCGAAGAGAAACCCAACCCAAACAAACCCUACUCUCUCAGCCCCAAAAUCUUUGAAUAAACCCCGAGUCUUGCUCACUACUGAUUCGUCUCCGAAACCUUGCAAAAACCCGGUCGAAGGUCACUACCUAUUGAAAGCGAUCAAGAACAAGAUCGAUUACUGUAGGUUGUACGGGAUCGAGGUCUUCUACAACAUGGCACUACUCGACGCUGAGAUGGCAGGGCUUUGGGCGAAACUUCCAUUGAUUUGAAAACUUUUGCUUUCUCAUCCUGAAAUCGAGUUUCUAUGGUGGAUGGACAGUGAUGCGGAGAGUGCGGUAGUCGAAGGCAGAGCAGAUGUAGGGGGAGUCAGAGGACUAGGCGAGGUCGGAGGCGGAGCAAAUGUAGUUGGAUUUCUUUUCUGUUAA